AUGCCUAGUGAUAAUAUUGCUAAACUCGCUGUCCUUAUUGAUGCGGACAAUGCCGGAGUCUUCAGCAGCGAUUUUCUUCUCGCAGAAAUUUUGAAAUACGGCACAGCGCAUGUGAAACGGGCGUAUGGAGACUGGAGCAGUUCCAAUCUGAAGGGUUGGAAGGACAGGCUCCUGAGACAUUCAAUUCAACCAAUACAGCAGUUUGCCUAUACUCACGGUAAGAAUGCAACCGACUCGGCCAUGAUCAUAGACGCGAUGGAUCUUCUAUACUCUGGUCGCUAUGAUGGGUUUUGCCUUGUCUCUAGUGACAGUGACUUCACCCGGCUAGCCGCUCGUAUCCGCGAAUCAGGCCUCGUGGUCUAUGGAUUCGGCGAGCAAAAAACGCCCAAGCCCUUUGUUACCGCUUGUGAUAAAUUCAUCUACACCGAGAAUCUGGUGCAUCUUGAUGAGCUUGCCCCGCACGCUGCUAGCAAUGCUGAGUCCGGUAGCUCUUCGCGGGCUCAGCAAGCGACAAACGACCAACACCUAGCAACUCAGUUACGAACGACCGUUGAAGCAGCAUCUGAUGACGAUGGAUGGGCCAGACUCUCGGAUGUCGGUAAUCUUCUUACCAAAAAGUAUCCCGACUUUGACUCUCGCAGCCAUGGAUUUCAUAAGCUCAGUGAUUUGAUUGCAGCCUCUUCCUUGUUUGAAACCACCCGCCGGUCCAAUCCGAAAAAGACAUCUACGGUCAUAUACGUGCGCGAUAAACGUCGCAAGUCCAAAAACUGUAGUAGAAAAUAA